UAAUUGUUGGUAGAAAAACAAUAAUUUAUUAUUAAAAAAAUGGAAGACGCAGAUUUGCCGGAAUCAACCAGCAAAAUUGAUUCAAUAACAAAUUUAAUACAACAAAUAACCGAUCGUAUAAAAUUUUUGUGUGAUGAUCAAAUAGAUGAAAAAUAUUUAUCAUAUUUACAAGCAUUACUUAAUGACAGUAAAAUUCAUUUAAAAAGAGAACAAUUUAAAAAAGUUGAUAGUACAUAUCAAAAAUUAAAAAAAGAAUUAAACAAAUUUCGUUUAACAGUGGUACGAGAUUGUGCUGAUUUAAUCCAAAUAGCUGUUGAGAUAGAUAUGAUGAAACGUCGGUUCGACAAUAUUCAAAAAGAAUAUUUGCUAAUUAAAUCAAAUGAAUCGGAUAUUCGAGACGAUGAAAAUGAUCAAAUGAAUAUUUCAUUUAAAAAUGGACAAUAUUUAAGUAUUCUCAGUCUAAUGCAUGCUAAAGCACAAAAAAUAAUUAAAUUGUAUAAUAGUCGGGUUGAUGAAUAUAGUUUGUAUAUUGAUAACUUUAACCAGUUUAUUGAACAGUUUAAUCGUGGAUAUAUUAUAUAUACAUCACCAUCAACAGAUGAAACUUAUACGUUAUUAUUAGUUGAUAUUGUUCAUGACAUUUUUAAUUUAAUAGAACCGUCAGUUGGUGAGAUUGAUGUAAAACGUAGUCAAAUAUUUAAAUUAUUUGAAACUAGUUAUAAUACAAGUUUGAAUGAUUUAAUGACUGGUUCAAAGUUAAAUAAGAUUACAGGAUUAAAAGAAGUAACUAGCACAAAAUCAAAUUAAUUAUUAUUAAUUUUUUAACGAAAAAAAAAAAAAAAACAAAAA